CUUUGCGGAGUGACCAGCAUCAACGUAAAUCGUUAAAACAGCCGUUCUUGUCGUAUUUCGCGUUCCGUUUGUUUGUGUUCUUUUUUAAUAAUUUAUGCGUGUAAAGAAAUUAAAAACACUAACGAUACUGAUCAGUCAUUAAAACAUAUUGAAGUCUGCAGUCAUGCAGUGCAGCAACUUGCUAAUUGUUCUGCUCAUCAUCGGUCUCAUCGCCGGAAAUGCCGAGUGCCGGAAGAGAACGGGAUCUUCAUCCUCAUCAAGAUCUCGUCCUGCAUCACGGACAACUUCGCGGCCACGAACAACAACCUCCCACCACGAUAAUGUAAACCCGAGCAAAAUUGGUUGGAAUGUUCCUGACACAGGAUCUCAUAACAGACCCAAUAGCGGAAAUGUUGGGCCGAAACCGUCUGCGCCGCUACCAGAUCAACACCUUGCAACCAAAGUGAAUGCUCCGUCAUCACAAUCCGGCUAUCCCGGCCAAAGUAAUCAUAAUCCUUAUCAACAAUCCGGAACGGGGUACAAUCCAUCAGUCGGGCAACAAUAUCAUCCACCGAAUAAUAAUCCAUCUUCGUACAAUCCUGCGGUGGGAUCACCCUACGGGCAGUCCUACAAUCCACCGGUCGGCGGUCAUUCUUAUCAUCCAAGUGGUGCAGGACAACCGUACAAUCCAUCGUAUGGACAACCACCGUCAUACGGCCACCAGCCAUCGUAUGGACAGCCCCCAUCGUAUGGUCAACAACCAUCUUAUCACCAACCAAUGGGGCAACCGUACACUCCAACGGUUGGUCAACCAUAUCAUCAGCAAGCUGGUCAGCCGUACAAUCCACCGGUUCAAACGGUGAUUUUGGCACCAGCCCAAGCAGCGGGAUCGUCGAAUCGUGGUAUAGGACAAAUAGCCAAAGAGGCUGUUGUAUUCGCGGGGGUGAGCGCCGGAGUAAAUGCUGCGGUCAAUAGGCUACUUCCUGGGGGAAUUCGAGGGAGCAGUGGAGGAGGAGGCGGUAAUACUCAGAUAACUUACAACAACUAUUACAAUAACGGGACAACGGAUAGUCAAGGCAAUCCAAUGCCACAAGCACCUGCAGCAAAUGGCGCUGUUAUACCGCCUGCGGGAAACCCUGCGAAUCCAAUGACUGCAACUGGUGAUACUGCACCAGUGAAUCCAGCAAAUUCGGCAAAUCCAACGAAUCCGACCAAUCCGGUGCAGGAUAAUUCUGCUACCCCUUCGAGUGUUAUACCAUUAAAUGCAGAAGUCAAACCUACUGCGGAUUUGAACGCACCGAGUGCUCAAAGUUCUGGAAAUCCGAUGGCUCCCCCGGAACAGACAAAUUUGGUGUCAAACGAAGAGCUGGCCAAGUUAACGGAGGAACUCUUCAAUGCGGAUACUCAUAACUCUUUCAAGUACAUUACCCUGAAGCUACAAGGACAGAAAACUGAUGACAGUGUUACAGACAGCGCUUCUGAACCCUUACUGACCGUGGAUCCCGAAGCAUUGAAAAUACCAACCAUUGCUGCGUUGCGGUCUAUCAGUGAAAAGUAUGAGAUGGAUUUCAAAGAGGCUGAAAAAACGACAGCGGAAAGACGCGCAGAAGAAACGGAAUUGAUAAACACAUUCGCCUCUACGGAAGUCAUGAAGAAGGCUCUGAAAUUCCUAUCUGACAAAGGCUUGAUUCCGAAUGAUGAAUUCGAGUUCAAAGACGCGCUGAAACGAAUAUGGUUUUCGCAAUACGCAUUGGAGAAUAACGUAUUAUCUAGCAGCGGGUUCGAGAGCGUCUUUCUGGCUGAGAAAAUCCGUGAUCAAGUAGUUGGGCUACGAAAUUGGGUUUAUUUCAACUACCAGGAAACUGCUGGAAAAGCUAAUUACUUGGGCUACAUCAAGGAAACCAAACUUGGAACGAAUGCCGCCAUCGUAAAGGUACGCGCCACCCUAAAUGACAUCGUGAUACCGGUGACGACGGUAUUCGUGGGCACUUCUCCGGAACUGGAAAUGGCCCUUUAUACUAUCUGCUACUACGUACGGCCGAACGGCGUAUGUCCUAUAACCCUGGGGGCCACUCCUUUCAAUAUUUUCACGUACAAGAUCAUCUACUUUGGAAAAGAAAUUCUGUUCGGGGCUUAUCCAGAAAUCUAAUUACUCAGAGUAGUUGGCGCAUUUGUGAUACAUUUUUCCACUUUUCAAUUAUCCACAAUAGCUCAAAAACUAUAGAUGUGAAUAGUAGGUAAUUUUGGUUGUGACUUUUUUUUUUAAUUUUUGCUAUCUCUUCUUUUUUGUUUUUUGCGAAACUGUAAUUACUAGUGCGAUAUUUCAAAUCAUUAGUAGUUCAAAUACAAGUCGACCCUUGGACGAAACCAUCAAGCGACCUUGCUAACUUGUAUAAACUUGAAAUGACAAAUAUAAAAACGUACUAUAACUA